AUGGGCUACAACAAAGACCUAAAUAUCACACCUCUUCCUCUUCUUCUCUAUAGCAACAACUACACAACUUCUCACGCUCGUGCUCAUUGCGACAUUAACGAGAUCAGCGGUAAUGAUGAGCAGAUCAUAACCGGACAGUCGCGGUGGAAUCCUACGCCUGAGCAGAUGAUGGUGCUUCAAGAGGUUUACAGCAGCGGAAUGCGGACACCGACCACUCAACAGAUCCAAGAGAUUGCAACUAAGCUCCAAAAGUAUGGGAGAAUUGAAGGAAAGAACGUUUUUUAUUGGUUCCAAAACCACAAGUCAAGGGAAAGACUCAAACGACGUCGUCAUAAUCAACAAGAAAGAUUUGGUUUAAACAACGUUCAUGAAGAACCACUACGUAAUAAGGACAACGUUGUAGAUUUGGGAAACAAGAAUUCAUCAGUCUCGAAAAGGAGAGGCGAUCACCGAGUUAUUCACACAACGACAUGUUUAUCUUCCUCAUCUACACAUCCACAGAAUAAUAAUAUUGAUCAUCAUGGGAAGAUUGGAGAAUGUGAGAGAGGAUUGGAGGAGGACAAAGAAGCCACGUGUCAGAAUCGAAUUAACACUAAUUACUACCAUCUGAACAUUACUUCUAAAGGAAGUCAAGAAACAGAGGGAGAGGUUAGCUUCAACGAGCACCGAGAGAACCAAGAGAAAACCGAUGCAACAGGUUUUGCAGAGAAGACCAGAAAACCAAACCACUUGUGCUGCAACUACUACUAUUAUUACGAGUUCAUGCCUCUGAUGAACUGCAGCCAAAACCCAUGUGGACAAUAA